GCAGUCCCCUGCGCCGGGCCGCGGGGCGAUGGGGACCUGUCCCCGCACCCGUGUGUCCUUCUCCCACCUGGCAGCCUCUUGCUCAAGGUCACUGCAGUAAUUCCAUAUGAGCUGCCGGGUGCUGCCGCCUUAUCUCCCGCACAGCUUCUGUUUCACUCCCUUUAUAUUCCGGAGGUGGGGGGGGAUAACGUGUUUGAUAAACCCCACUGCCUUUAACACCGCUGGCAGAGCUCCCGCUGGGGUCACGCUCCUCUCACCCCUGCCCCAGCCCCUGCUUCCAUCUUUUCCCACGCAGACUUCCCGGGCCCACUCGUGGCAGGCGAAGUCCAGCUGGGAUCGGGUCUCCGGCCGGGACGAGCGGUGCUGGAGCCCCUCACGCUGGACCUGGGGUUUGUCCUGCCAAGAGACCUGUCGGAGGCAGGCAGGACUGUCCUGCCCUGGAGGAGGAGUGCCGGUGUUUGCUGGUGUUUGCCGGUGUUUGCCAGGCUGGUGGCACCUUUGGAAAACAUGACUUUAUCUCCCGCCUGGGUGUUGGUGGAAAGCAGAACGCGGAGCCAAGUCCCGGAGGACUUUGCUGCGUUGCUGCCCUUGUCCCGAAGGUGUUUCUGUGCCAGGUGGGCAAUGGCGUGCCCGUCCACGCCACGGGCUCUCCCGGCGGGAUCCAAAGGCCGCGCUGACGGGCUGCAUUGCGAAAGGGAAUCGAUACAGGGAAGCAUCUUGAGAGAAACUUCGGCCUCCGUGGCGGUGCCAAGCUCCUCUCUGACUCAUGGGGGACGUUGCUGGCGGAGCCGUGGGGCGUCCGGCCGCUGGCCCGCGGGAGCAGGAGGUGCUGGACCGGUCGCACGGGUUGUGCGGGAGCGUGGUGGGUGCUGUGUGUGGCUUGUGGGCACAUCACCACGGCCCCAGCCCAGCUCUGGUGGGGGGGAGCGGUGUCCUGAGCCAGGAGAGGGCUGGACACGGUGCGAGGGCUGCAGUCCGGGGAGGUACCGGCUUCCGAGGUGGGUGGUGGGAUGGAGACUGGUAAUCGCUGUCCACAGGCACUGCUGUGUGGGGGAGAUACUCCUCUGCCUGCAAGCGUUAUCUCGGACAGGGAAAAAAUUGCCAGUGAGUUCUAUUGCAGCUGCAGCGGGACCUCUGGGAGCAGACCAGCUCCCCAGCCCUGCAGUGUGGCCCUGCUGAAGGCAAGGCAGCUCCAGGCAGCCUCUGCCUCCUCGCUUUGCUUGGUCCUCUGACAAAAUGAGGGUAAAUUGUGUCUUCCCACCGUGCAGGGAGAAGGUGAGGAUUAAAACUAGCACAGAGUAAGGGGUAGAGUUGUGAUGUGAACAUGGGUCCAGACUGACCCACGUCCUUUUGCCCCCACGUCAGGUGCAGCACAUCCCAAGGACGGGCACUGCUCGCCGGACCUGUGCCAGGACAGCUCCAGCCACACCAGCCCCUGCCACAGGGAAGGCUCAUGCAGCUUGGGGUUUUAGGGAGAGGGGGCUUGUGUUAUCCAUCCUGCUCGCUGACCUGGCGCAGGAGGUUAGCACCCUGAAUUUGCCACCCCAAGGCAACACAUGCUUCUGUCCCUGCAGCCUCUUGCAGAAGCAAAAUUACUGAGUUUGCUGGGAAAAUCUACCCAAGUGGCUGCUAGUGCUGGCGCUGGUGAGGCUGCGUCUGUGAGCGCUCAUCCCUUCUCCACCAGUCCUGCCCGCUGCCGGCGGGUCUCCGGCACCGCACAGCCAUGACGACCUCGGCGCUGCGCCGGCAGGUGAAAAACAUCGUGCACAACUACUCAGAAGCAGAGAUCAAGGUGCGGGAGGCCACAUCCAAUGAUCCCUGGGGACCCCCCAGCUCCCUGAUGUCAGAGAUAGCCGACCUCACCUUCAACACGGUGGCCUUCGCCGAGGUCAUGGGCAUGAUCUGGCGGCGGCUAAACGACAGCGGCAAGAACUGGCGUCACGUCUACAAAGCCCUCACCCUCCUGGACUACCUCAUCAAAACCGGCUCCGAGAAGGUGACCCACCAGUGCCGGGAGAACCUCUACACCAUCCAGACGCUGAAGGACUUCCAGUACGUGGACCGCGAUGGCAAGGACCAGGGUAUCAACAUCCGGGAGAAGGUGAAGCAGGUGAUGGCACUGCUGAAGGACGAGGAGCGGCUGAAGCAGGAGCGGGCACACGCGCUGCAGACCAAGGAGCGCAUGGCCCUCGAGGGCAUGGGCAGCGGGAGCCACCAGGUCACCUACGGCCGCCGCGCAUCGCCCUACGGCGACGACUACGGCCGGACACGGGGCUCGCCCUCCUCCUUUAACUCAUCAUCCUCAUCCCCACGGUUUGCCUCCGACCUGGAGCAAGCGAGGCCGCAGACAACAGGCGAGGAGGAGCUGCAGCUGCAGCUUGCGCUGGCCAUGAGUCGGGAGGAGGCAGAGAAGAAGCCACUUCCUCCAAUUUCCAGUACAGAUGAAGAAAGGCAAUUGCAGCUAGCGCUCGCGCUGAGCAAAGAGGAGCACGAGAAGGAGGUGAGGGCUUGGCAAGGGGAGAACUCCCUGCUGCAGAGAGCCGUGGAGGAGACUGCCCAGGGCAGGGAGGAAGAAGAGGAAGAAGAUAAGAUGAAGAAAAGCCAGUCCUCUAUCCUGGAGCUGGCAGAUAUAUUCGGGCCGGCGCCAGCCCCCUCCAGCCACACGUCUGCCGACCCGUGGGAUAUGCCAGAUAUGAAGCCCAAAGCGGAGCCGGCAGCCUCUGCCUGGGCCGGUGCGGCUGACCCCUGGGUGCCGGUCCCGUCUGCUGGUGGGGAGCCCCUCUCCCAGGCGAGCGCCUCGUCCCAGCAAACCUCCGCCGGGCCCUGGGAUUUCCCCCCUGGCACCACUGCAGCCUCUGACCCAUGGGGGAAGGCGCCCUUGUCUUCUGGCUUCCCUCCUGCGGACCCCUGGGUGACGGCGUCCCCUCCUGCCCAGGUCUCUGGUUCUACGCCAGCUGCCGACCCUUGGGCCGCGGUGGCCGAGCAACCUCCUAACCCUGCUGUAGGGGGGGACGCUUUCGACCCAUUUGCAAAGCCGCCCGAGCCAGCUGAGCCGCCGGAGCAGGAGCCCUCGCAGCCGCCCUCCUCGGCCAAGUCCAACAGCCCCGUCGAGCUGGACCCCUUCGGCGACCUGUUCCCCAGCACCAGACAGGACGGGGCAAAGAGCUUUGACCUCACCAACCUGGCCGACUCCCUGCCUGAAUCUGGCAAGGAACGGAAGGACUGUAAAACCCCCGAGGCCUUCCUCGGCCCCGCCGCCUCCUCCCUGGUCAACCUGGACUCCCUGGUCGCGCCUGCUCCAGCCUCCAAGACGCGCAACCCCUUUCUCUCGGGUGCACGUUUCUAA